AUGAAGGACGUACCUCACGCGCGCCGCCGCGAUCCCACAGCCAUCCCCCUCAGGCGCCUACACCUUCCUUUCAGCAAAUACGGGACGAAUCGGCUCCCUGCGAGCGAGGUCAUCGUGCAGAACAGGGGCGCGACACCCAGUCCGUUCGCCAGAGUGUCGACACCUCCGGUUGGCAACGACAGGACGUAUCAACACCCCGCGACCGCGGUCAUCGUGCCCUCGACAACGUCGACGCUGCCCACUCUCUCUGCCACGUCUCUGGAAACCGCCACCGAGGUUCCCGACCAGAGACACCACCCAUUGAUGUCCCGUGAGUGGUAUCAUCGUGCUGUCCUCUGCCGCUUCGAUGCUGACCUGUGCUUCUCGACUCGAUCCUUGGGCAACAAAGACGGGACGUACCUCCUUCCCCAUGAACGGCGCGCGUGCCCGCCCUCUCGUCACGGCCAGCGUGUCGUGUGCCGUGGCCCCGGGCCUGCGAUUAUGGGACAAGUCAUCGUCCCUCGCGCAACGGACUCUGGCGGCUACGACGACGACUGA